AUGGACCCCCGCUACAAAGACAGAGUGCAGGUGUUGAACUCUGCCUCUCUUGGAAACAUGUCUCUACUGCUCUUUAAUCUCACUAAGUCUGAUGAAGGAGCAUACAGGUGUGAAGAUGGUGACCAAAAACAUAAAGACAUCCGACUCUCUGUGAAAGGCUGUUCUCUGUCUAACUCUGGACCCAUGGAGGUCACUGGAUACACUGGAGGUUCAGUCACCCUGCCCUGCUCCUGCAGUGACACUCAGGCAGCACCUCAAAAAAUCCAGUGGUUUGUUUUUAAUAAUGACUGGAAGUCCAUAUUUCCACCAAAAUCUCCCAAUAUGAACCCCCACUACAGAGACAGAGUGCAGGUGUUGAACUCUGCCUCUCCUGGAAACAUGUCUCUCCUGCUCUCCAAUCUCACUGAGUCUGAUACAGGAACAUACAGGUGUGAAGCUGGUGACCAUAAAUUCACUGACAUCCGACUCUCUGUGAAAGGCUGUUCUCUGUCUGACUCUGGACGCGUAGAAGAGGUCACUGGAUACACUGGAGGUUUAGUCAUCCUGCCCUGCUCCUGCAGUGAAACUCAGGCAAAACCUGACAAUAUCAAAUGGACAUUUUUUAAUAAUGACCAAGCUGUCAUAUUUCCACCAAAAUCUCCCAAUACGAACCCCCGCUACAAAGACAGAGUGCAGGUGUUGAACUCUGCCUCUCCUGGAAACAUGUCUCUCCUGCUCUCUCAUCUCACUAAGUCUGAUGAAGGAAUAUACAGGUGUGAAGCAGGUGACCGAAAAUACAAAGACAUCCAACUGUACAUGAAAGAUAAAAAGCUACCUACAACAGUGAUGAUGGUCACAACAAAACACUCCUCAGUGCAGCCUUUCCCUGGCAGCGUGACAACCAGCAAGUAUUAUCCCACAACCUCUACACAGGGCAACAAGGCAGCCCUUUCGUAUGUGGCUGCUGCUGCUGUUGCCGUGGUGGCAGUGCUUGUAGCAGGUGUGGUGGUCGGCUCCCCCCAGGGCUUGGAGCCCGGUGGGUACUACCACUCUACCGAGACCCUUUUGUUCGCCCCUGAAACCGCAUUUUCGCCCGGGCCCCGGCCGUUUAAGUGCGCCAGGUCCCCUCCGCUCGUGCGCUUCCCCGGCAUCGCCUGA